ACUGCGGGCUUGGACAAGAGCCCAUAGCCAUGUUAAUACAAGCUAUAUUAAGGAUACCAUUCAUUUCUCCAGUACGUUUUUAAGUUGAAAGAUUGGAGGUUUAGGGUUUCCGGGACUUGAGCAUCAGACGCUAUCAUCCAACUUUUGCCAUGGUUCUCAAGACUGAGCUUUGCCGCUUCAGCGGUGCGAAGAUUUACCCUGGUAAGGGUAUCAGAUUUGUUCGAUCUGAUUCUCAGGUUUUCCUCUUUGCCAAUUCAAAAUGUAAGAGGUACUUCCACAACCGUCUAAAGCCUUCAAAGCUUACAUGGACAGCUAUGUACAGGAAACAACACAAGAAGGACAUUGCUGCUGAGGCUGUUAAGAAGAAGCGCCGGACCACCAAGAAACCAUACUCUAGGUCUAUAGUUGGUGCCACCUUGGAGGUCAUACAGAAGAGGAGGACUGAGAAGCCAGAGGUCCGAGAUGCUGCUCGUGAGGCUGCUUUACGUGAAAUCAAGGAGAGGAUCAAGAAAACAAAGGAUGAAAAAAAGGCAAAGAAAGCUGAGUUGAUGGCCAAAACACAGAAAACACAGGCCAAGGGAAAUGUACCCAAGGGUGCUGCACCAAAGGGCCCCAAACUUGGUGGUGGCGGUGGCAAACGAUGAUCUUCUCGUAUCUGUUCAUUUCAUAUCUAUUAAGUAGCACGGUUGGAAUUUUUGUUUUUCCAUAAUUUCAUCAGGAUACUAAAUUGGUUUUGUUAUCCUUCAAGAUUUUCCUUGCAUUCAUUUAGUGGGGUUCUUUUACUUGAAAGGUUUUCUAAGGCACUAAUAUCAUAUUCAUUUGUUCUGCUCAA